AUGUUGGGUUGCACUUCACUCUCGUUCGAGCUGCAGAUUAGUGUAGAAGUGUCGCGAGCUUGUCCGAGUCGAAUAACCGUUGAAUUCUUUAGAACAAAAGUUAUCUUUAGAAUAAGGCUGUACAAAGUGUGUGCGUUCAAGAAGAAGCGACAGCCUACGGCUAUAUCUAUUUUGCUAGCGACGCUUCCUGCUUUUCGACGCGAAGAGUGCGGCUUCUUGCAGCCAUCAGAAGCCAGCGGCCCGCCAACACGCCGCUAUCCCAUUGCAGUGGUCAUCAAUAGCCACAACGUGGCCAGACUCAGCCUACGGCCCCCCGCGAAAGUCUUCAUCCACGUGGAAGCGCGACUAAACCGGCAUCUAGUCCCACCCUACCGCGCAACGUACCAGGAGCGCAUACACCACAGCAGCACAUCGUCAAAUUACUGCAGCUAAUCGGU